AUGGCACCUGUGUUGGCUUUGUCUGAGCCUCAUAAGCUAUAUGUGGUUUAUAGUGACGCCUCUAAGAUGGGAUUAAGGUUCGUUUUGAUGCAAGAAGAGCAAGUCGUCGCUUAUGCUUUGCGACAACUUAAGGACCACGAGCAGAAUUAUCCUACUCUCAUGACUUGGAACUUGUUGCAGUGUGAAGUAUACAUUGACCAUAAAAGUCUCAAGUAUCUAUUUAGUCAGAAGAACCUAAGCAUGAGACAGAGAAAAUGGGUAGAAAUGAUCAGCGAUUACCAGUGUGAGAUCAAGUACCACCCUGGAAAGGCCAAUAUGGUAGCAUAUGCCAUUAGUCGUAAGACCCAAGCCGACAUGCAAUCAUUUAUGACUGGAAUGAGGGAAUUGCUAAUAAGAAAGCUGCCAAGAGAUGUUAGGUUAACCGUGGUGCAGGAGACCGUGUCAUUGAAUGAUGAAGAAAUCAUCGAAGGACAGAAUAAGGAUGAUAAACUAGAGAAAUUGCUAAAGAAAAUUCUAAAAUCCGAAGGACCGCAACACUUCUCAAUUGGCAAGGAUGGGAUGUUACGUUAUAAGGAUAUGAAAGUGAUUCCUAAUGUUCCUGAAUUAAAGAAAAGGAUUCCGAAGGAAGCCCAUUGUACACCAUAUACUGCUCAUCCUAGUAGCACCAAAAUGUACCGGGACUUGAAGGGACAAUUUUGGUGGGAUGGAGUAAAAAUGGAUGAUUCUAGAGGUUCAGUUUAG